UCUCGCUUCGCUUCAUUCCCAGUUAAUCAUCUCUGUCGCUGUCAGCAUGGUCGUACUGAAAGGGAUCCCCUCAGCUUUAUCUCCGGAACUGCUCUAUGCUCUCGCUAAAAUGGGCCACGGGGAUGAACUGGUUCUUGCUGACGCUAACUUUCCAUCAUCUUCCAUUUGUGCUUGUGGUCCAAAGGAGAUCAGAGCAGAUGGUUUGGGAAUACCACUGCUCUUGGAGGCCAUUUUGAAGCUCUUGCCCCUUGACACCUAUGUCCCUUCUCCGGCUGCGGUCAUGGAUCUGGUAGACAGUGACCAGCAGAGCGGGUUGUCAGUCCCUGUGUGGGGCACCUACACGCAGCUCCUGGGUCAGGCGGGGUCUCAGUCUCCUAUUGAGAAGGUGGAGAGAUUUGCUUUCUACGAGCGAGCCAAGAAAGCCUUCGCUGUUGUGGCAACCGGGGAAACAGCUCUGUAUGGUAAUCUGAUACUGAAGAAAGGGGUCAUCCCUCCUGAGCUGCUACAGUGACUAACGCACGCAGAAGUACACACACAUAAACACAGUAAAAUAUGAUCUCCAGUUUAAAUGUCGCAGAAAUUACUUUGUAGUUUUGUAAUUAUCGUCUGUUUUGAACAUGCAUUCCAAUAAAUAAAACACAUGAAGUCUUUUAUCAACAGA